UAGGUCUAAAAAGUGACUUUAAGAUUAUGCAAUGUAAGCAAAAUUCAUAAAAACAAUAUGAGAUACCCUGAAUAAAAUUGCCCAGGAUGAAGAUUUCUUAUAUUUUUGUGUGCAAACAUAUGCAAAUGAGGUCAAUCAACUGAAUGAUUGCAUUACUAACAAUAAGUGUCUCAUAUUACACAGCUCCAAGUCUUUGCGCAGUGGAGCAAUUUUUCACCCAGCGCUGUGCGAAUUCUAGCACUGUGCGAGGAUUUUGAUGACACAAGUAGGAUUGCAACGAGUUGACUGCAAUUUUUCCUGAUGCGGAACGGAACAUCUGCUGCACGGUGAGCUGUCGAAAUGCAUUACUAAUCCACGAGAACAGAUGCAAGAUGAUAUCCCAUAAGAGUAUCCUCUUUGAAAAAUAUGCGUGUCACUGUAGUUGUAGCUUACUUUACCUACAUCUUCAUCCUACCUUUCCAGCUCCGAGCCAUAUAGUAAAUGUAUCAUAGCUCUAGAUCAAAGUCAGGGUGGGUAACCCUUUGUAAUACUGAUGCCUGGGGGGUGAAAUGAAUUUGUGAUAUGGUAAAUAUUAGUCCGAAGAAUCUUUAUUGCUUGAAUACUUCCUUGAGUCCGAGGCCUUUAUUUGUUAUUUGAAAUGAAAGCCGCUAUGAACAAAGAGACACAACGAUUUGUUUGUUACAUGUAAUAACGAUCGUUAUAUUGGCGGGGUGUUGUGAGUUAAAAGCGAGAUGGCGUGAAUGUCAACAUGUGAGCAGUCGACUCAUACAUAUAACACUACAAUACGGAAUUUUGAAACAGUUUAUUUAACAGCAAAUGUGUGUAUUCUAACGAUCUAUUAAAGUCUUCAUGCCUGAGCUACCUGUGAAAUAAAGCCACAGAGAUAUGGAGACUUGGAGAUACACGGAAGGGGCAAAAUAUGGCAUUGCGAUCUAUAACUUUGAUGGCAAUGUUACCCAUGGGCUACAACUUGAUGUAGGAGAUGCAGUUCAGAUAUUUGAAGGGUGUGCAGGGUGGUACAGAGGAUGCUGUCUUAAAAACAAAGCUGUCAAGGGAAUUUUUCCAGCCUCAUUUGUACAGUUAAAGGAAUGCGUCGUAGAGAAUUUGAGUACACCACUUGAGGUAAUCACCCCAAGUGGCGAUCCAAUAAUUAAAGAAGUGACCGCUGUACUACGGGAAUGGUUGGAGCUUUGGAAGAAACUUUUUGAGAGAAAUUGCCGGUCAAAGUUUCUGGAGAUGAAGAAAAUCAUGGAUCAUCUAAUAAAUCUGCGGUUGAAGAUUUUGUCUGGUGUCCUAACUCAGGCGUUGAUUGUUGAGUUAAAAGCAGAGAUGACAUCAAAGAUAGACUUUUGGAACAGUCAAAUGCAAUUGGAUCUUGUACCUCGGAUAAAUGGAGUGGCGGCUGAUGUUGACCAAACAAGUGUUGUUGAAUUGUACAAAAUUCACGUACAAAGUUUAAAGGAAAGUAAAUUGAUUGAAAAGGAGGCAUCCAUGCCCAGAUCAUCACGGUCUAUCGUGAAAGCCCACCGUCAUUUGCUAUUGUCAGUGAAGACAUUUCUUUGUAACACUGAAGAUAAUUUAGAAGUUUAUUUUUCUCUAUAUGAUGGUGAAGGGGAAAAGUUUGUAAGUGAGAGAUUUAUGAUGUACUUGGACAAGGAGGCUCUCCCAGAUGUUGCUGAGACUCUUAGCUCUGAAAAAACAAAAACCCUUUUUACGGAUCUUGGAAGAAAAACAUUUGCGACAGAUUUAUUUAUUGUUUGCCAUGUUAUUAGAACAGGGCAGAUGCAUAGUGAAUCACCUAGGAGAAAAAACUCUCCAAACUGUCGACGACCAUUUGCCUGCGGAGUGUUAAAUGUACAAGAACACAUAGCUCUUGAAGACGACUUUUUUGGAGAAGACAGACCCUUUUUUGUUUCUCUCUUCCCUUGUACCAACGAAGCAAACUUCCAUAAUAUGCACGAAGAAUUAAUUCGUAAAUUUGUCAACAAAAGUUCAACAUCUGCUACUGACGGACUGGGUAUGAGUGUUUCAUUAAAAGUGUUCAAUGGGGAUCGAGAUCGUAUUAUUAGUGCAAAUCCUCUUUGGAUGCCAGCAGACAUUUGUAUUACACGGAAAUUAGGAUUUCCAGAAGUAAUAUUACCAGGUGACAUUAGAAAUGAUGUAUUUAUCACGUUGAACAAAGGAGAGUUUGAAAAAGGAGGAAAGGCGGCCGGCAGAAAUAUAGAAGUAACUGUGUCUGUAUUAUUGACCAAUGGGACGGUUGUUGAGAAUUGUGUGCACGCCGGAUCAGGGUCAAGAGGAUCCAAUGAAUAUAAUUCAUUGAUUCUGUAUCACAGUAAUAAUCCCAAUUGGAACGAGACGUUUAAAUUGAAUAUUCCAAUAGACAAGUUUCAAGAUUCUCACGUGUUGUUUGUACUUAAACAUUGUUCUACAACGUCACAUGGCAAAAAGGUUUUUGGGUUUGCCUUUUUGAGACCUUUGAGAGAUGAUGGCACAACAAUAUUAAAUGGCAUUCAUCAGUUAAUUUUCUAUAAGCCAAGUGCUUUGGAUUCUAAGAACCCUGUGAAGUAUCUGGCAUAUCCUUCAUCCGUUGCUGACCUUUCCUGGGUGAAGAAUCAAGAUAGCUUAAAUCAUUCUGCGAGAAGCACAAAAGAAACAUUUUUUGUGUCCACUUUGACAUGCUCGACAAAAAUCACUCAAAACCUUGACUUGGUGGGCCUGUUGAGAUGGAGACAACACAAGCAUAAAAUCUCUGAAGUUUUAGAUUCCCUUGUCAGAGUUCGUGGUGAUGAAAUAAUGAAAUUUCUUCAAGACAUUCUUGAUGCAUUAUUUGCAAUACUAAACGAAGACAUUGAAAAAUCUGGCUUAUCUGUAUUUAAAAAUUUGAUUUUCAUUAUUAAUUUACUACUGGACAGCAAAUAUCAACAAUUCCAAGCAGUAUUGAAUACGUAUAUCAGCCAGCACUUUAGCGCUGCACUCGCACACAGACAUAUUGUUGUCUUGUUCAAAAAGGUCAUGUCAAAAGAGAAGAGUAAAUAUGAAUCAGACGUCGUCAAGGUUGCCAAGGCCCUACAUUAUAUUAUAAAAUUUGUGAUGCAGUCUUGGGCUCUAAAUAUAAGAACGCAUCCUGAGAAAAGUAACUUCGAGUUCAAGGGAUCAGUGCGUGAGUUUUUUGUGGUGCUCAAUAAAGUGAUGGAGAAAAUUGGAGAUGGUUGGCGUGGUGCACAGAGUGCCAUUCUUCUCAACCUACCGAAAGUUUACCAAGAUCUAUCAACUGUUUUUACAGACGAUGAACUAGCUGAGAUUUUGAAAGAUUUGUUCUGCAGUGCACGGUCUAGCUCGUUAAUCACCGACAAACUGAAUUUCUUGGAUGGAUUGAUUACAACUAGUCCUUUGUUUCAUAACGAAAGCUCGCGUGUAACAUUAAUGCCAUUGGUUUUAAAUUGUCUUCAUCAACAAUUACUUCAAAAGAAUGAAUUGAAAACGUGUGCUGAUAUACUGGGAAAUUUUUUGUCUUGUUUAAGCAAAGUGAAGAAUGGUUCGGUACACAGUGAAAUUGAAGAGAUUUCCGGAUCGUUACUUGAAGUAGUUUUCCAAGCUGUGGUUACUGUCGAUAGAACAAGCCCUCGCGCUGGGAAGUAUGUCGCCAUUCUCUACACCUUAUUGAAGAUGAUGAAUGAAGAUAAUUAUCAAAGUUACAUGAAAUCUUUUGAGAACCAAAAAGAUUUACGGGAUUUUUUGAAUAAAGCUUUUGGUGUCUUCACAAAUCUUUUGCAAAGGAAUAUUUACGCUGAUGAUUGGUUUGUUAUGAAGAUCGAAGGAAAUUAUGUAAUUCUUGGUGCUGUACAGAAUUUUUCUCAAGCUUUAACCGACAACUUCCUUCUAGAGGACGCUUUCGACUAUCAGCUCUGGAGCACGUAUUUCCAUUUGGCCAUAUCGUUUGUUUCUCACGAAAUCUUAGAUGUCCAAAAAUAUUCGGAGGCGAAAAGAACAAAGAUCUUGGAGAAAUAUGGUGAUAUGCGUCAUGUGAUGGGUAACGAGCUUGUCAGAAUGUGGAAUUGUCUGGGUGACUUGCAAAGCCACUUCAUUCCCUCAAUGAUUGCACCAUUUCUAGAAAUGACAUUGGUAUCAGAACCAGUUUUAAGGCAAGAAACCUUACCGCUAUUCUGCGACAUGAUGCACCAAGAAAUGAAAAACUCUGGAAAUAUUACUAAGGUUGAGGAAGAGUUUAUUGACAAACUGGACGUUUUCUUAAGUCGAGAUGGCAAGGGUGACAAAGAAUAUAAGGAACUGUUUGAAAAGAUUCUUACUGAAAAGGUAACGAGAAUCAGGGAAUUAAGAGAGCCGGGCGUUCUGUUUGUGAAUUCUGUCGUACAACUUUUAGAAAGGCUACUAGAUUACAGGAAGGUCGUUUCAUCACGGGAAGAGCAUCGUGAUAUGAAGAUGGGUUGCAUUGUAAAUUUGCUGAACUACUAUGAGGAAAAAGGCAAAGAGGAAAUGUUUCUUAGAUAUGUCAGGAAACUGUACGAACUUCAUCUCUCAGCAGAAAAUUACAUCGAAGCUGGUUUUGCUCUAUAUCUCUAUGCAUCUUGCUUAGAGUUCGAGGAUUACCCGUUGCCUGCAGAAGAUGAUUUCCCGGCUCAAACAGAACGUGCGAGAAAAGAGAUGUUAUGUAAAAAAUCAAUUGAUCUUUUGGAUAGGGGAAAGUUGUGGGAAAGUGCUAUCCGAAUUUGUAAAACUCUUAUUCACGAGUAUGAAAAUGAGACAUUCGACUUCAUAAAGAUCAAGGACAUGUUGCAACGUCAAGCGGAAUUCUAUGAAAACAUUGUAAACACUCAUAGAGUUGAACCUAGUUAUUUUAGAGUUGGGUUCUAUGGAAAAGGUUUUCCUUCAUUUCUUCAAAAUAAGCAGUUUGUAUAUCGAGGGAGACCUGUGGAGAAGAUUGGCGAAUUUUGUUUUCGUAUUCAAAGUGAAUAUCCUGAUGCUGAGGUGUUACGACACAACAAUCCUCUAGAUGAAGAGCUGAUGCUAUCAAACAAGCAGUAUAUUCAAUGCUGCAAAGUUGAACCCAUUUUAAGUGGACAUUCCAUUCAGUCCAUUCCCAAUUAUGUUAACUACAGAAUAAGCAGUUAUUAUGAUGUGAACUGGGUUGAUACGUUUACGCUGGCACGGCCAUUUCACAAAGGCGAACAAAUUGAUAAAUCAAAUGAGUUUGCGACCCUAUGGUGUGAAAUCACGACGUUAACAAUUGAAGCACGUCUCCCUGGCAUACUUCCAUGGUUCCCUGUUAUCUCGUCCAAACGAAGAGAACUUAGUCCAAUAGAGAAUGCAAUAAACACAGUAACGUCGAAAACUCGUGAACUACAACGCAGUGUCGACGAAAUUCAAGAAGACAAAAAGAGUAAUAUUAAUCCAUUAAGUAUGCAACUUAAAGGGGUGAUUGAUGCUGCCGUCAAUGGAGGAGUUUCCAAUUAUCAAAGGGCAUUUUUCACGCCCGACUAUACAAGAACCAAUCCUCAACGUAAAACCGAAGUCGAUCAUUUGGAAAAAGCAUUACUUAAACAAGCUGGUGUGCUGCGACGUGGCAUGAUUUUACAUGAAUCCAGAAUUUCACCGGAUCUAAGGCCACUACACGAAAGUAUGUUACGUCAGUACAACGACAUGCUAAACAAUUUACCUGGAGAUACUCAGCAGUAUGUGUUAAUUCAAAGAAAAUGGAGUCUGCCGCCCAGUGUUUCACCCAGUGAAAGUACAACAUCCUUAGAUAAACGUACAACAACAGAUUCUUCAGACACAGGAACUUUGAGGAAACUUUCGUUGCUGUUUUCAAGUCGGAAGCCAAUACUGUCAGUCUUCAGCUCAGAGACAGAUGGUCCUAGUAGACAAUCAGCGAUAUCUGAGGUGAUGUUGAAACAGAGUUCAAGUCUUUUAUCAAUAUCGGAGAUGCAAGGAGUGAGUCAAUCUGCGUCCGUACCGGAUCUUCGUAGUAUGGAUGAAACCAGGCCUAAACUUCCGCAGAAACUACGAACAGGAAAACAAUGGAACGAAGACAGUGGGUCGCCAGCUAAGAAUCGAGUUUCGGCUAGUUCUUCUCUGAGUGCAACAUCAUUAAAUGAAAUUAAUGAAUUAGAUGAAUCAGAGCUAGCAUUAAACGAUGCUGCAGCGCCAUCAUUGAAGAUUGAUCGUCGUGAACUUUCUCGAACACCCUCACCAGAAAUAAAGAGCAAACCUGUUUCUGUGUCGCCAAGAAUUCCACCAAAGAAGCGAUCUAUCGUUAUUUCGACUGCACAAAGGAAAAGACAAUCAAAUAUAUUUGAAUUAUCUUCGGAGGGAUCAUAUCGCAUAUCAAAAGGUUUUUCAAAACUCCAGUCAAGGUCAAUGGAUGAUCUGGAUAAAAUUGGUGAUUCUCCUUUAGGAGAGAAAGGCGAUGCAUCCCAGGGUACACAUAGUGAGGAAAACCUGUUUUCAGGUAAAUUAAUGGAUGAAAAGCAGAAAAUGAAGAAGGACAGUAAUGAUAAUAUGAACAUUCGUGACGAGGAAACUCCUCCUCCAUUAUUUCCUCGGAAAAAGACGACAAGACUUGAUUCUCGUUCACAGGAUGGUUACGAUUUUUUAGCCAUACCUCCCAAUGUUGCCCUUCGCUCUACUUCACGGGAGAAUACUUAUAACACUGUCAAAUUCACACCAAGGACCUCAUCGAGUCAUGCGCAAAAUGGACAGAAAAUCGAGGGAAAUAAAAAACAUCGGUAUGCUAACUUAGAUGGAGGAAUUACUCUACCACAACAUAAUUCACCUCAUCUCAACACGGACGCUUACGAACCAGAUCCGUAUGACGUCUUAGCCUUACCGAGUCGAACUAACCAUUCUGACAGAAAGGAUGGCGCAAGUGAUGGCAAUGAAUGGAAUUUAGGCUUGGAGUUGAGCCAUCCAGACGCGGUUACUGCAUACGAUAAUGUCGUUUUACGCAAAACGCCCGAUGUUAAUUACGACAAACCACACCUUAGAGAUUUUCCAGGUCAAACAGAUCAGGCGAACGGUACAUCAAAUGUGUAUAAACACCACGUACCUAGGCGUCUAUCGGGUGGGCAUACUUUAAAUACAACUUAUGACAAUAUAGCAAAUGCCGUUCCAAACACUGUAGUAUCCCAAAAUGCUUCGCAAAAAGAUCCUCCGAUGCUACCUCCAAAGGCACACCACAGGGAUAGUACAGUCCCAUCAAAACAACAAGAAACAUUUCCUUCACUGCGGUCUUCGUCACCAGGUCUUACUCAACAGGGGCGGAAAUACAGUCCGCCUGUAGCACCACGUGUCAAGAAACCUCCCAGGACUUUAUCUAAGCCAAAUAAUGUAGAGACUGAGUAACUCUUAAACAACUCGUAGAUUGUAUAGCAUUGUAAUUAUUGAGUACGUAGGUGAAGUCACACGAUCACGCAAGUUUUAUACAUUUUGUUACAAUAUUUAUUAUUAUUAUAAAAUUUAUAAUCAUGCUAUGAAAUUCUCCUAACCCUACUAUGUUAUAACAAUGGAAAUCAGCAAUUUUAAAAUGUACAAUAUAAAACAAUGACUUGCACAAUUAACUAUAGCUUUUUACCAAACUAAUACUAGGAAUCGAAAACGAUGCACGAGAUAAAUAUUGAUUUAUACUUCAUAAUUUGCACUCCAGAGUGAAUAUUGAGCAAUUCAAUUGUUUUAAUUCGUUUAGAUCAAACUGUCUCUUGUGUAAAAGUAUAGCUGUGGGAAAUGAUAUCACGUAAGGAUGAAUGUAGUAGAUGGAAAGGUCUCAGAGAGUUUCAGAUUCAAAGUUCAUUUACAUUCAAAGUUCUUUGUGUGUUUCUAUUGCCAAACUUAUCCUUCAAUGAGAACACAUGCAGUUACAUGCAAGUAACUUGUGGGGCAAGUAACGUAGGUCUGUGUUCAGGUUAGCCAUUGUUACGAGCGCUGCUAAUGCGCAGACACUGUACUAUGUUGAUCCCCCUAAAGUGAGUGGAUAGGAAAACA